AUGGCGACCACGACCCUCCCGUCCGGCGUUGGCCCGCUAGCCACGUGCCGACAAUCCUGCCACGUGGACAGCCCUUCAUGCCGCACCGCGUCGUCCUCCGUUGUUGGGAGGACAGCUUUGCGAAGCGCGCUUGGGGGAAGAGCGCUCGGCGGAAGCUCAACUGCGGGAUUACGCAGCUGGCGCGGGAAGAGCGGGAGCGGGAGCGGGGGAGCGGAGAGGUUGCGCGUGAGAGCGUUGACGGAGGAGGAGGUUGAUGUUGAGGGGGAGAGCAUCGCCGACGACUAUUACUCCAUCCUCGGCUUGACUUGCGACGCGACGCCCGAGGAGAUCAAGCGCGCGUACUACGCGUGCAUGAAGGCGUGUCACCCAGAUCUCAGCAACAACCACCCCGACAGCGUCACCUUCUGCUCCUUCGUCAACGAGGUCUACGAGGUACUGAGUGAUCCCGAGAUGCGGCUCGUGUAUGAUGAAAUUAAGGGAUAUUCGCUGACGUCGAUUAAUCCGUUCAUGGAUACGCGACACGAGAAAGACCAAGUGUUUGUCGACGAGUUCACAUGCAUUGGCUGCAAGAACUGCGCUAAUACCGCGGAGGACACAUUCGAGAUCGAGGAGAUGUGGGGCCGUGCGCGCGUGUGCAACCAGGGCGGCAACCCGCCCGCCAAGAUUCAGGAGGCCGUUGAGACAUGUCAACGUUUCAUCUUCAUUCGUACCCAUUCUCGCUCUGCUCUGCUUGCUCGCAACCCCCCAUUCCCUCCCCCGUCCUCCCCACCCUCCACAAACCCGCUCCCUGCUUCUCUGCCUCCCUGCCCUACUCCUCACCCCAUCGGCCCCGUGUCGUGCAUUCACUGGGUGAAAUCGCCGCAGCUCGCUCUUCUAGAGGACGAGAUGGGGUGCAUGGAGCGAGUGAGCGUCGCCGUCAUGCACGCUCAUCUUUCCUCCCUGCUCUUUUCCCCUCUGCCCCUCUUCUUUCCUGCCCGUGUGCCUCCUCAUCCCAUCAGCCCCGUGUCAUGCAUCCACUGGGUGACAUCGCCACAGCUGGCGCUUCUAGAGGACGAGAUGAGGCGCAUGGAGCGAGUGAGCGUCGCUAUCAUGCAGGCUCAGAGCAGCCGCGGGGCCGAUGUGUUCAUGCAGGCGAAUUCCAGAUGGGAGAAGCGACGCAACAAAGCACUGUCCAAGGCAAAGGCGCAGGCAGCAAGGGACGGGAAGGCAGGCAAGUACAACAAGCCGCUGUGGGAGACCAUGGGUGAAGCCAUGGGGAUGGGCGGGGAGAAAUCCUCCUGGAGAGGUGACGGGGAAGGCGUGUCUGAUAAGGCUGCUAGCAGUAACCCUGUCAACCAGGAGAAAGUCAGGCGGGCGGCAGCGGCGGCUAGGAGAUGGAGGGAGUAUUCGAGACAGGGGGUGGAUCGGAGGAGGAAGAUGUUCCUUGCUGCUGAGUCAGGCGGGUUGGAUGAGAGUGCAGGGGAGGAGAUCGAGGAGGAGAGGAAGGAGGAAGGUGGAGAGAAAGUGCAGGGGAAGGGAAAGGGGAAGCAGGCAGAAGAGAGGGACAGGGAGCCUGUUGCUUUGUAG